AUGUGGUUGCUUCUUCUCUUUGUCUUCUUCCCAAUAUCUUCUUCUGAUUCAAACUUCCUUCGUACGAAGUUCACAUCGAAUAAAAGAUGUAUAACCCACGUCGAAGUGUACACAAAUAAACGAGAGUUUAUGUUGACAGCGGUUGUUCCAGUUUUCCCCGGAACUCCAACCUAUUUUGCUAUUCCUUAUCACAAAACUCUUUCAUAUAAAUUCAAAUUAAACGAUAUGAUUAGUGGACGAUUUAUGGGUUCAACAUUGCCAAGUCGACUCAAAUCUGAGAAUCAAAAUAUUCAACUUCACUUUAAAGAUUCCGCCGAUUCAGUUGGAGGAUUUAGACGUCAAUCAGAUUUUGGUAUCACAGUGAACAUUGAAACAAAUGUCGACUGUCCACAGUGAGUUUUUUUUCUAGACUCAAAUUUUGCGCUGGAAAUGCUGAGAAUCACCAAAAAUAAUGAUUUCCAGCGUUUUCAGUGCAAAAUUUGGGUCUAGAAACUCUUCAAAGGGUACUGUAGAAAAUUGUGCCAAAAAUUCCAAUGGAUCAACCGGAUUACUGUAGAAAAACAUCCUUCUAGACCCAAAUUUUGUGCUGAAAACCAAGAAAUCACUGAAAAUCAAUAAUUUCAGCGUUUUCAGCACAAAAUUUAGGUCCACAAACAUAUUUUUCACAGUAACCCUUGGUUGAUCCAUUUUUUUGGAAUCUUGGGCACAAUUUUCUACAGUACCCUUUGAAAACUUUCUAGACCCAAAUUUUGUGCUGAAAAUCAUGAAAUUAAUGAUUUUCAGCGAUUUCCAGCAAUUCCAUGAGUUUCAGUGCAAAAUUUAAGUCUAGAACAUUAUUUUGAGGAGGCUUUUUGAUUAAAAACUCUAAAAUUCCUUUCUGAACCAAAAAUUGAGUUUCAGAAUUUUUCUAGACCCAAAUUUUGCGCUGAAAACGCUGGAAAUCAUUAUUUUUGGUGAUUCUCAGUAUUUCCAGCGUAAAAUUUAAGUCUAGAAAAAUUCUGGAACUCAAUUUUUGGUUCAGAAAGGAAUUCUUGAGUUUUUAAUCAAAAAGCCUCCUCAAAAUAAUGUUCUAGACUUAAAUUUUGCACUGAAACUCAUGGAAUUGCUAGAAAUCGCUGGAAAUCAUUGAUUUCAUGAUUUUCAGCACAAAAUUUGUGGCUAGCAAAAUGAUUUUCUACAGUAAUCCGAUUGAUCCAUUUUUUUUUUGGAAUUUUUGGCACAAUUUUCUACAGUACCCGGAAGAGUUUCUAGACCCAAAUUUUGCACUGAAAACGCUAGAAAUCACUAUUUUUCCCGAUUUUUACCCUUUUUGACCCCAAAAGCUGUCAAUUUCAUUUUUUUUUCAGAAAUUUCUCUGGUUCACACUGUGAAAACUAUGCUGCCAACGAAACUCUUACCAACAAUUGA